AGGAAUGUCAUUUCGUGUCUAGAAGUCGAUAGUUGCGGACGGUGUUCCUUUGAAUAUAACAAAAUAUAAAAGAAAAGAUUUACACGGUGUAUCUAUUCUAUAAAAAAUUUGCCUAUCGUCUCUCACUUGAUACAAAAAUAUUAUAAAGAUUCUUUAACGAACGUUAACCCCUCGCAGUUUAAAAACAAAAAUUAAACAGUGUCAUCAUCAAAAAUAAAAAAUACAAAGUGAAACAAUUAAAAGGAUUACAGUGUUGUUCGCGCAAUUUAAAGAAAAAAUUGUGUGUGUUCCAAAAAAAUAAAGUUCCACUUUUGUUCUCUUUCUGACAAAGUUGCAAUUAAUUAACCGCCAAAAUUUUGCCCCAAGAUAGAAAAAGAAUUAUCCAAAAAAUGAAAUCCCUAACUGCUGUUUGUCAAUCGGGUGCAUCUGCGAUGCCUGCCAUCAAUUCGUCGGGUCGCAUUUCGCGUCAAAAUAGCAAUCACCAUCAUCAUCAACAUCGUGAUGGUGAAAAUGCCGAAAUGAAAAUGUAUCUGUCAAAAUUGAAAGAUCUCGUGCCAUUUAUGCCGAAAAAUCGUAAACUAUCGAAAUUGGAAAUUAUUCAACAUGUUAUCGAUUAUAUCUGCGAUUUACAAAGUGAACUUGAAACACAUCCUGAGAUCAAUAGUUUCGAUGCAGCAACAGCUUUAAGUUUGGCCAAUGGAAAUCAUCAUCAUAUGUCACAUUUGGAUGAUGAAGAUAUGUCAAUGGAAGAUCGUUUGGCAGCUCACCUACAACAAACAGCUUCAUCGGUACAAGUUCGACAGCCUUUGGCUACACGACAAAGUCCGAAUACGAUUUUGAAUAGUUCACAAAAUAAUAACGCAGUUAUUAAUUCCGUUAUCCUGAGUAAUAGUCAAGCAGCAGUGCAACAUCAUCAACAACAACAACAGCAACAGCACCAGCAGCAGCAACAACAAUACUCGCAUGCGACGGCACCAGCGGUGACGGCGUCAACAGAAAAACAAACUGUCGAUAACAAAAACAGUCGGCAACAUUGUUAAAUAUAUAUUUUAUAACUAUAACGUAUGACGUGGCUGCCCUUUGAGCACCAUUUAAACGGAUCUCUGUUUCGUUUCUUUCAAGUAAAAUAAUAAA